AUUUGCCAGAGGUCCAAAAGACACGCUUCGUUGAUAACCCUGGGUAGGUUUGUUGCCUGUUGCAUGUAAUUGUGUGUGGGAUCUUAGUUAAUUCUUCUCGUACUUUUUAACGCUAGGCAAUUAUUUUUUUGAAACCAAAGCUGCCGGGAAAGUCUUUGUCCCUCGAGGUACCACAAACUCAAGAGUUUUAAGUGUCAGAAAAAAUGAUCUCGUUGUCAGCAUUGACGUUCAUGAGGCUUGUGCUGUACUAUUCCGAUGCUGGCAUCCGUUUAACUGGUUCCAACGUGACAUUUGCUGGACGUGUUGAGGUUCUUUCUUAUGGAGUCUGGGGACGUAUCGAUGGAUCUUCGUCUUGGGAUAGAACAGAGGCUGAAGUGGUGUGCAGACAACUUGGUUUCCCAGGUGUCGUCACGGCCUUAAGAUAUUCACCAUUUGGGGAAGCAUCUGGACCAGUCUUGAUGUCUAACGUACGUUGCAUAGGAAAUGAGAAGACUUUAAAACAAUGUCAGUACAAUGACUGGCUUAAGAUUAAUGUUUAUCAAAACAGAGAAGCGGGUGUGAUAUGCAAAACCCCUGAAGUCAGCACUGAUAUACGCGAUAUUUCAAUUCGCCUUCGAGGAUCCUCAAUCCCUAAUGCUGGUCGGGUAGAAGUGCUGUACGCAGGAAUCUGGGGAGCAAUCAGUGGAACAAACUGGGAUGUAAACGAUGCAAAAGUGGUGUGUCGCCAGCUUGGUUACCAAGCUGGUCCAGAAAUAGCUUCGGCAAACGGUGUAUAUGGACCGGUCAGCGGUCCUGUAUGGAUAACUAAUCUUCAAUGCUAUGGAAGUGAAGCUAACUUAAUGAGCUGCUCUCAUGAUGCCAUUGGUAACAAGUCUGAAACACAAAAUCGGUGGAACGUUGCUGGUGUCAUAUGCAAGAAUUCGUCCCACACGAAUAGAAUGCUGGUUAGGCUACGGGGAUCUUCUUCACCAAAUGUGGGACGAGUGGAAGUUAAUUAUGCAGGAAAGUGGGGUUUAAUUUACAACUCCGGCUGGGAUAUCAAAGACGCUACAGUUGUCUGCCGGCAGCUGGGAUACACUACAGCUUUACUUGCAGGAAGCCGAUUAUUUUGCUCAAGUACUUUGCCAUUUUUGUUUGCAAACUUCAGGUGUUAUGGAAAUGAAUCAGCGUUGGACCAAUGCAUUUGGGAUUUCACUCCUCCAACCUGGUCAGGUUCUUACUGUGCAAAUGUUAUGUGCAGCAAUGGUAGAGCUGACUCAGGAUUUGAUAUACGUCUUACAAAUUCUUCUGUCAGACACGCUGGUAGGAUAGAGCUUCGAAUUCAUGGGGUUUGGGGUACUCUUCAUUCUCAUUACUACGAUAUUCAUUAUAUCAAUGUUGAUGGAGUAAUUUGCAGACAGUUAAACUUCUCUGAUAGUAUCCUUGCAGUUGGCCGAGCUGCGUUUGGACCGGGAACUGGCCCUCAGUGGUAUGACACCUGGGACAUAGAUUGCCUUGGAUACAAGAGUAAUUUACAAAAUUGUACUCAUUACAGCCAACCUCGAUUAACGAUCUAUAAUCGUGAAGAUGAUCUCAGUGUCAUUUGCAAACCAAGUGCUGCACAAGCCAAUGAUUUCGAGGUUCGCUUAACGGGAUCCAGGUUGAAUUUUGCCGGAAAAAUCGAGGUGAUGUAUUACGGAGUCUGGGGAGGAGUACUUGGCAUUGGUUAUAUUGAUAUCAAUGUAGGUCAUGUGGUGUGUCGUCAGCUGGGAUAUCCAGGUGCUGAUGAGAUUUUCCAAUACGCAGCUUUCGGACAAUUGAAAGGGCUUUUGUGGAUUGGGAUGAUACGUUGUGUUGGGAAUGAAUCGAACAUCUCAGACUGUGUAGUGUCAACGUGGGAGGACCCAAGUAUUCCCUACUGGAUUCGAUCUUAUUACCAAAAUCCAUUUUAUGCAGCCGGUGUAUUAUGCAGACAGGCAAAUUUCAACUCAACCCAAAUGUUAAAUGUGAGGCUCACUGGUGCUCCAAUCAGUAAUGCUGGACGAGUAGAAGUGUUUUACGCCGGAGACUGGGGAACAGUAGAUAGCUGGGGAUGGGACAUCAAUGCUGCUCACGUGGUAUGCCGUCAGUUGGGGUAUCCUGCGAGUCUUUCAUCUGGUUAUAAUAAUCAGUUUGGUUCGAGCACUGGGCCGAGGUGGUUUAGGAACUUGAGAUGUUUUGGCAACGAGACAAAUUUAGGAGAAUGUACAAAAUAUGUGUAUGGCUACCCUUCCAGAGGAUCAAGUGCUGCAACAGCUUUAUGCAAGCUACCAUAUCAAGCAGGUAUCCCUUCAAAAUGCGCGAAGUUCAAAUGUCAACACCGAGGAACCUGCAUUGAUACUGGAGGUGGUGCUAUUUGCAACUGCACAGAAGGAUUCACAGGAAUCCAUUGUGAAAAAUCACUAUCCAAUCCAUGUCAGAAUUUUCCGUGUGAGAAUGGUGGAAAAUGUUUUAGCUCAAAAUCUUCAUAUAUCUGCUCGUGUCCCGAUGGGAGGUCGGGGCUUCGUUGUGAGGAGCGAACUACAAUCACCGUGAGGCCGUGCCAGAGCCACCCGUGCACAAACAAUUCAUUUUGCCACGAUAAUGAAACUCAUUACUCCUGUGUGAUUAACGAAGCUGAGAAUCCAGCAUCUUUAGCGACCAGCGAUGGAUCCUCACAGAAACAGAACGGAAGUACAACCUCCAAGACUACUUUUAUCAUAAUAUUAUCAAUACUGGCAUCUCUUGUGUUCCUUCUUAUUGCUGCAGUUAUUUACCUUAUCUUUCAAAAUCGGAGGCUUUCUACACUUAAAGCUAGAAACCAACAUGCAAACUUUAGCAAUAUGGCCUUUAGAAGUGAUAAAGAGGAAACCAACAACUGUGACGAAAUCGACUUGGGAACAGGAGCAAAUCAGAGUUCAAUACCGACGAGGGACAACACUAACCCAUUAUAUGAAAUAGCUCCUUUCCAUGAAACAACUACCUCUCGAGCUCUUCCACCAAUUCCACCACCACAUAAGGCGGCAAGAAUGAAUCCCCAAGCUGCUCGUGAAAAAGCCAACCGACGAAAUGGCGGUGUGAAGACGAGAGGAGCCGCGGAGGGGCCGAAGAGGACCACGAGAGGGGCCGAAGAACAUUAUAUGGCUUUAUCAAAGGAGAACAACAGCACUGCCUCACGAAAUAUCUCAGCUGAUGGAGGACCGAAUCCCAACGAAUACAUGUCUCUGUCACAAAACAGGCACACAGAUAUUUCUCAUUCUUAAAGUCAUCAAGUGUCUGACUUAACAUGACAAAGAUUGAAAGAAAAGACGGAAGGAUCUGAAAAAAUAGAGUCAGAAAACUUUGCUUAGUCUUAGAACAAACUAAUAUCAUUGUUUGCAAAAUUUGUUCACCUGGGUACUCAAACUUGUCUAUUCCUUCAAACGAAGCAUUAUUCUAAGAAAACCAAAUACCUAGUGUCUAAAUAGCACUUGGCAUGGUGGAAGGCUUAUAGAUGAGAUAGUCUUGGGUUUACUCCCCUCUUGUCUGGUCAAAAUGAAUUCGAGACGUAAAGUACAGAUGACCUAGUUUGAAUUUAUUAGAGCACGGAGAGAGAAGUUACAAGUGUGAACUCUAUACUAUUACGUUUUUUCAAGCAAUGCACUUCUGUAUAGGUCCUAGCUGCUUAACGCAUUAUCCGCG